CCCAAAUGGCCCAAAGGAAUUUUUCAGAGAGAAACUAAUUGCAGAGUUUCCAGUUGACCAGCAUUCAUAGGAAUGAAGACAAACACAGAGAUGGUGUGUCUAAGAAAUUUUAAAAGGUGUAGACCUCCUGAUUGAAGCAUUGUCACAUUAUUGGAGUAAUUUUUUUAUUGUCUUUCUGUACUCCUACAAGGGAAAGUCAUGAUUACACUAACAGAACUAAAAUGUCUAGCAGACGCCCAAUCAUCUUAUCAUAUCCUAAAACCGUGGUGGGACGUCUUCUGGUAUUACAUCACCCUGGUCAUGCUGCUGGUGGCCGUGCUGGCCGGUGCUCUGCAGCUGACGCAGAGCAGGGUUCUCUGCUGUCUUCCAUGCAAGGUGGAAUUCGACAAUCACUGCACCGUGCCUUGGCACAUCCUGAAAGCCAGCGUGAAUGCGUCCUCCAAUCCCGGGACGCCUCUUCCACUCCCCCUCAGAAUCCAGAACGACCUCCACCGCCAGCAGUACUCCUACAUCGACGCCGUCUGCUACGAGAAGCAGCUCCACUGGUUCGCAAAGUUUUUCCCCUACCUGGUGCUCUUGCACACGCUCAUCUUUGCAGCCUGCAGCAACUUUUGGCUUCACUACCCCAGCACCAGCUCCAGGCUGGAGCACUUUGUGGCCAUCCUUCACAAGUGCUUCGAUUCUCCGUGGACCACCCGCGCCCUGUCGGAAACAGUGGCGGAGCAGUCAGUGAGGCCCCUGACACUCUCCAAAUCCAAGGUUCUGCUCUCAUCCUCGGGGUGUUCAGCUGACGUGGAUGCCAGUAAGCAGUCAUUGCCCUACCCGCAGCCUGGCCUGGAGUCGGCUGGCAUAGAAAGCCCGACCUCCAGUGUCCUGGACAAGAAGGAGGGUGAACAGGCCAAAGCCAUCUUUGAAAAAGUGAAAAGGUUCCGUACGCACGUGGAGCAGAAGGAUAUCAUUUACAGAGUGUAUCUGAAGCAGAUAAUUGUCAAGGUCAUCUUGUUUGUCUUCAUCAUAAGUUAUGUUCCAUAUUUUUUAACCUAUAUCACUCUUGAGAUUGACUGUUCGAUUGACGUGCAGGCUUUCACGGGGUAUAAACGUUACCAGUGUGUCUACUCCUUGGCGGAAAUAUUUAAGGUCCUAGCUUCGUUUUAUGUCAUUCUGGUUAUACUUUAUGGUCUCACCUCCUCCUACAGCUUGUGGUGGAUGCUGAGGAGCUCCCUGAAGCAAUAUUCCUUUGAGGCACUGCGGGAGAAAAGCAACUACAGCGACAUACCCGACGUGAAGAAUGACUUCGCGUUCAUACUCCAUCUGGCUGAUCAGUACGACCCCCUUUAUUCCAAACGCUUCUCCAUUUUCCUCUCGGAGGUCAGCGAGAACAAACUGAAGCAGAUCAACCUCAAUAACGAGUGGACGGUGGAGAAACUGAAAAGCAAGCUGGUGAAAAAUUCCCAGGACAAGGUAGAACUGCAUCUUUUUAUGCUAAACGGGCUUCCAGACAAUGUCUUUGAGCUGACUGAAAUUGAAGUGCUCAGCCUGGAGCUGAUUCCCGAGGUCAAGCUGCCCUCCACUGUCUCCCAGCUGGUCAACCUCAAGGAGCUCCAUGUGUACCAUUCAUCUCUGGUGGUCGACCAUCCUGCCCUGGCCUUUCUAGAGGAGAAUCUAAAAAUCCUCCGCCUGAAAUUUACAGAAAUGGGGAAAAUUCCACGCUGGGUAUUUCACCUGAAGAAUCUCAAGGAACUUUAUCUGUCUGGCUGUGUUCUCCCUGAGCAGCUGAGUACCAUGCAUUUGGAGAGCUUUCAGGACUUAAAAAACCUGAGGACCCUCUACUUGAAGAGCAGCCUGUCCCGGAUCCCACAAGUCAUUACAGACCACCUGCCUUUCCUGCAGAAACUGUCCCUCAAUAACGAGGGAAGCAAACUGGUUGUGUUGAACAACCUGAAAAAAAUGGUCAAUCUGAAAAGCCUAGAGCUGCUCAGCUGUGACCUUGAACGCAUUCCACACUCCAUCUUCAGCCUGAACAAUCUGCAUGAGUUAGACUUAAAAGAAAAUAACCUUAAAACUGUGGAGGAGAUCAUUAGCUUUCAGCAUCUCCAGAAUCUUUCCUGCUUAAAAUUGUGGCACAAUAACAUUGCUUAUAUUCCUGCCCAAAUUGGGGCGUUAUCUAAUCUAGAGCAGCUGUCUUUGGACCAUAAUAAUAUUGAGAAUCUGCCCCUGCAGCUUUUUCUAUGCACCAAACUACAUUAUUUGGAUCUAAGCUAUAACCACCUGACCUUCAUUCCAGAAGAAAUCCAAUAUUUGAGUAAUUUGCAGUACUUUGCUGUGACCAACAACAAUAUUGAGAUGCUACCAGAUGGGCUGUUUCAGUGCAAAAAGCUGCAGUGUUUACUUUUGGGGAAAAAUAGCCUGAUGAGCUUGUCCCCUCAGGUGGGGGAGCUGUCGAACCUUACUCACCUGGAGCUCAUUGACAAUUACCUGGAAACACUUCCUCCCGAACUGGAAGGAUGUCAGUCCCUCAAGCGGAGCUGUCUGAUUGUCGAGGAGAAUUUGCUCAGUACCCUUCCUCUCCCUGUCACAGAACGUUUGCAGACCUGCUUGGAUAAAUGUUGACCUAAAGACAACAUGAUUCCUAAAAGUGUGCCCCAGGGCUUUAAAUGAGAACUAAAAUUUCCUAACUUAUAAAGAUUUUAAAAAUGGGUAAUAAUAAUGACUAAUUAUAACCGAAUGUCUUAUUAAAGCAACUCAGUGUGUAGCCCUAAAUGAAACAGGUAAAAAGUGUGAACACUGAACUGAGCAUUGUGAAUAAUUGGUCUAUGGCUUACUGACUUGUAAGAAACACACUUUGAGUGUAUUUCUACCUUGCAGCUAUUACCUUGAAGAUUAAAUAACUCUUCCCUCUCCCUCCCCAGCCCCCAUUACUUAUUUGCACACAUGUUUUAACUGACUUCCUGUUUGGAGAUUUAUCACCCAGACCGUACACUCAUCAAUAUAAAUUUCCUUGAUGCACACUCAAAGCUGUCUUUAUGUUCUUAAUUAUUUGUAGGCAGGGUGUCUGGUGCUUGGCAGAAUUCCUUCUUGCUUGUGUCUUCAUCUGCUUUUCUCUUAACAGUAAUGAACCCUGAGAAAGUGCCUGCUCUUGGCCUUUGCCUAGGACAGGAGCAAGGAUACUUAGGACACGAGGCCCUUGGGACAUCCUGAAAAUUAACGUAUUCUCUCAGAUGUCUUCUUGUGUAUCACCAGAGCCAUUUUUAAUUUGCUAUUAAGUUUUUAUAUUAAAUGUAAAAAAUUUUUAUUGUAUAAUGAAUUCAAAAUCUGUGGGAAUCAUGUUUGUAAGGUACAGAGAACACGCGCAUUUCCCUAAGAAUUUACUACUAACGUACUUGAUUUUGGCUGCUUAGGAUUCUCAUGUUUGUGUGCACUCUCCAAAAUGUUUUUGUACUCUGCAGCUAAUUACUUUUGGGUAACAAAAGCCUUGUGUUUCAUGCCCUAAAAUAUUUAGGGGUUUCCUUAUAAGAGGACGGCCGUAUCAUCUACCUCUCUCUUCCCUUGUUGCUGUGCUUAUUGUACGGGUACAAUUCUUAGUUACUUCAGAAACUGUGAUGGAGGGGAGAGGUAGAGAUUUGGAUCUUUAAAAUUGACUGCAAAAUACUUUGUAGGAAUUAAGAGUUAAAGCAAAAUACUUUCUUCUCCGUCUGCAUGAUCUAUGGAUAUGAUUAUAAUGUAAAACACUCAGCCUCUAUUCAGUGUUAAAGAUGAGUUCUCAAAGCACACAAAGAAAUAAAUCCAUUUAACUGGAAUUCAUUUCAUGCCUUUGUUUAACUUUUCUGGAAUACAUUUUGCUCCUUUUUAUAAAGGGUUUUUGUGUUUGGCCUUUUAUCCUGCAUAUUGUAAAAUGAAAACCAACUGGCUCAUUUUAGGGAAAUAUACACUUGUAAUGUGUUUUUCUCGAAUGAGCGUUGGCAUCUGAUUUUGAAUGUAACUAUGAAGUAAUCUAUUCACCGCACCUAGACAAAGCUGGAAAACACUAAGGGUAAAGAGUACCUUCAGCAUGGAGCUGCCCUGUGUCCUGUUUUUGUUGCUUUGCCCAUUCCAAAAAGAUGAAAAGUGAGUCUUUAUAACAAAAUGUAGCUUCCCUCACCUGCCACACACACCUGGACUGAAUCUCAGAGCAAAGAAUUGUUUGCAUCAAAUGAAUUUGAAUAUUAACUAUAAAAAUUAUAAAACACCAAAGGCUGCCUGAACCUUACUAUUUAUCCUGAAUGAGAAGGAAUGGUGUAAAAAUGUAAUUCUUACCAAAAUUUGCCUUUAGUCAGAAUACUCAUGUUCUCAGGGACCCAGGCAUAACUGAUGAAACUGUCUUCUAGGACUUCAGAAAACAGAUUCUGACUAUAUCUAGGGUUUUUUUGUGGGUUUGGGGGGGAUUUUUUGGUCAUUUUCAUAUUUUUAAUAUGAGUUGAUGGUCAUUUAAUGUUUCACAAUAGAAUUGUCAUGUGUAUCAAUUCAGUGUUAGAAUUAUCCUAAGUUUUGGACAUGAACAUGAUAACAUGGAGAGGUAUUUAAAUGUUCUUGGAACGUAAAUAUUUUGGACAGAUAAUUAGCCAUAAUUUGUAUGAAAAAUUUCUUUUUUCUAAAGAAUAGAUUUCAAAACAAAUUUUAGACUGUUACCCUUUUCUUGACAAACUCGAACUUCUCCAUGGCUCGUCACAGGUUUUGUUCACGUGCAAAACUCAUUGGCUAAAUCUUCCUUACCAGCUCUCUCAAUUCCUGGAAACAAGUUACCAUCAGGAUUAAUAAUGAAUGUUGUAAGCUUCUUUCCAAACAUAAGAGUGUAGUAACUGGUGCAAACUCUGUUCUUGAUGCCAUAGUUUUUAGGUUUAUUUUUUAUUUCAACCUUACACACCAGUGUUUAGGUAGCUUUUGAAAUGACAUCGCACCAAUGCCGUGAACUCUGAGACCACCACUUGACACACAAAAGGAGUUCGAUGCCACCUUUCCUGAAUUGUUGGAGCAGAUCAUUGUAUAAGUGUUCCUAUUCACUUAAGAGGAUUUUAAAUGAAGAAAAUGAUGUUUGUUCACUCAAAAUUGUGAGACUGUAGUUGGCAUUUGAUUUCUAAGAACAUGCUGUACAUUUUCCAAAAAAUAAAUAUGGAUGCUAUUCAGAACAAA